UCCUUGGUCCAGUGUUGCCUCUUGCCAUGAGCGGUCCUGUCCUUAACAAUGCCAUGCAGGCUUGCCGCAGCAUGCUCCAUGGCAUCUUGAAAGUGCUGGGCCUCCGAAGUUCGAUGGAAACGAAGCCGGUACGAUGGCUUCAGCCGUUGACAAUCAGCGCAGACAAGAGGAAGCAUGAGGAAAAGAUGAUGCAGGGCAGUCUCCCACACCGGGUCGUAGCUCUAGCAGCCGAUGCGAAUGAAGAAGAACUGGCUUUGAACCUCCAUUGGAUUGGACCAGGACAGUUGAGAUGCGUAUGCAUGCUGUACAAAGAGGAUGGCAGCCUCCUGCGAAGCAUCUGGGAAGGUGAGCCAAAGGCUCCUGGCAUCCAGUACUGCAGACGGGAUCCUGAUUACGAGGAUGCAGGCGAGGAUGAGGAGGUCAGUGAGCUGCUGAAAGGCGACGCGCUGCUGCUGCGUUUGCAGAAACUGCCUGCAGAGGUCUUCGCGCUGAGCGUCGCGAUGGUUGCGACAGAGGUCUCUAUGCCUUGGGCUUCAAAGGAGGUGAUGGGGAAGUGCCAGGAGCUGGCCCUGACUUUGUCGCUGAAGCGCCAGCGCCUCUGGAAAUAUCGACAGCCACGGCCUGGAUACAGCGAUGUCUACGAAGUGAACGUCCAGUGCAGCUGCUGCCUCUAUCGCGGUCCACGGAACACCUGGCGAUUGGAACCCAUGAAUAUGCCGCUGAUGUUGUUGCAUUUGAACAAGGUGGAGGUGCCAUCUGCCUUUGCCGUUUCGGAGAUUGCCAGACACAUCACCUUGAAGAUUGGAUGGAUGAUCCAGGAGCGACGUUGGAGCACCUGUACAGAGGAGAGGGGUCUUCGUGUUUCGGGCUGAGGACAGCUGGCUUUGUCUGGAAUCUUCAACCAGCUUUGUGCUUAAUUUUCUUGCCAAGCAAACCCCUUUCGUUUUGUGUUGCUUCCUUUUUGCGCCCCCCACAAGCGUUUUUUAAGAUUCCAGUGGCUGCAUUGGUAAAGCGUCCUCAAAGGCGAAUUCAUUAGAGAAUUUUUGCAGCCACCACCCGAGUGAGCUGCACGUGAACUCAGCAUUUGAACUGCAGGCUGCAAUGAAUUCUUGGAGAAAGCA